AUGGACGACCACGAGGACCUGGGGUCGUUCGGGGCGACGUGCUUCGCGGGGGCGUUCGCGGGGGUGACGGAGCACUGCGUGAUGUUUCCCGUGGACACGCUGAAGACGAGGAUGCAGGUCCUUAGCCAGCCGGGGGCGUGCAUUCACGGCGUGCCGCCGCACUUGCAGGUCAACCAGUGCCGCUCGCACUCCAGGGCAGCUGCGACGCACCGGUCGUUCCUCGCCGCGGCCGUGUGCGCGUUGCGCGCGGACGGGAUCGCAGGACUCUACAGGGGCGUCGCGGUGGCCGCCGCGGGCGCCGGCCCUGCCCACGCGGCGUACUUCAGCACGUACGAGCUCCUCAAGGACCGGCUCUCGCGCGCCACGCAGCGCACCGCCAGCAACCCCGUCGUCUCCUCCCUCGCCGGCGCGGGCGCCAUGAUUGCCCACGAUGCCGUCAUGACGCCGACCGACGUCGUCAAGCAGCGCCUCCAGAUGGCGCACAGCCCCUACCGCAACGCGCUCGACUGCGUCCUGCGCACCGUCGCCGCCAGCGGCCCCCAGGCCCUCUUCCGCUCCUUCUCCACAACCCUCCUCAUGAACAUCCCCUACACCACCGUGCACAUCUCCGUCUACGAGAACUGCAAGGCCGCCCUGCGCUCGGACGAGCGCAGCGGCGUCGAGUCCCUCGCGUCCAACCUCGUCGCCGGCGCCGCGGCGGGCGGCGUCGCCGCGGGGGUCACCACGCCGCUGGAUGUCGUCAAGACGCGGCUGCAGACGGACGGCACCGGCGGAGCGGUGCAGCGGUACACCGGGUCGCAGUGGAACCUCACGACGGUCGUCGCGCGCGACAUCGUGCAGGAGGAGGGAGUGGGGGCGUUGCUGCGCGGGUGGAAGCCGCGGGUGCUCUUCCACGUCCCGUCGGCGGCGAUCUGCUGGGCUUCCUAUGAGGCGCUGAAGCGGCUGUUGUUGCCGACGGGGGCCAUGCCGCACGACCACAACCAGACGGCGUAG